UGCAGCAGUGCCAGUACAGUGCAAGGGGCAUCACUCGUAUCCUUGUAUCACGCCAUUCAGGGCGGAAACUGUCCAGAGUUUGUGCUCCGUUUUGAGGUGUUGUGAAUCGCUUGAAUGCCCAUGGUCUCCAGGUCACCUUCUUGAUCUAGUGCUUAGAAUUUUGAGUGACCACCUAUUGUAGGGUAUAAAAAUAGCAGUCUUUUCCCCUUGAGAACAUUUGUAGAUUUCCCUUGCAAGCAAUUUCGUAGCUUUCCAGUCAAUAGUAGUCCAGUUUGGGUAUGUAGUGGAUUACCAUGUACAUAGGUGGAACUUCUGUUCUAGCAUGCCCGUAGAAUGGCGGCCGGAGGGGGACGAGAUGGAGAACAACUUCUUGAGGAGCUAAGAGCCGGGUACUUACGCUUGAAGGACUCGCCAACGCCGAUCCGGGAUGGCCAGCCUCACCUGGUUCCAUUCUGUGAGACGCUGGAGAAUAUCCUGAGAGUUGGACUGAAGCAACCGGGCUCUAUCCUGCGCGUCACCCGUCGAGAUUACUGGGAUUGGAUUGAAGUUCUGCCGACAACCAGUGGCUGUAAUGUCAAAAAAAAUCCCCUUCUCACCGAGGCAGUGGAUUCUGUUCGCAAGUCACCCGUUCUCAAGACGCCUCAAGGCCGCGGCCGCUGCUUCUUGCGCAUGGCACUCGUGCAGAAGUUGGUACCAAUACCGGUAGAGCAUCUCCGCAAGAACCCUAAGCUUCUCUCGUAUUGGUACAGCAAGGACUCAAUCAUCCACCAUGAAGAGCUUGCAAGUCAGCUAGUGCACAUUCUCUUUGAAGUUACUGAGAUUGACUUUGAGCUAACUGAACGGGCUAGUUUCCUGGACGAAACGUGGAUCAUCCCGGAAUAUGUUUCCGUUGAGCUAGAACCAUGCGAGCGUCUCGGUCUGAAGCUAGUGCAUAUGAGAAACCGAGUGCUGGUCGAUGGACUGGUCAAAGGCAGUAUUGUAGAGAAGUGUGGCAUUGAAUCUGGUGACAUUGUGGAUGAGCUGAACGACGUUCGUCUCUUUGGCGUCAAAGUUGGUCAGGCUCAGAAUCUUGUAUCUCGACACAGGGGUAUGAUCACCAUGGUCAUAGUCAAGAGCAGAAUGAAGGACGGCACGCCGUUUGCUCCUUGUCAGCUGCGGCAAGCGCAGGUGGAAAUGCAGCGAUUGCAGAGAGCUAAGGACGGCACUAGCAAGUCGGGCAGCAACAGUUCUGAUUCACCAUCAUCACCCAAGGAUGUUCUGGACGUCCUUCGCUUCGAUGUGGUGAUGCUGGGUGUGGCGGCCAUAGACAAUCCCGUGGAGGAUGGCUCCAUAGACGAUGCCAUACACGACGUGCUGGAGGGAACAGGAAAACCAGAGGCCGUCGUUCUAUCUUUGGAGCGUGCUCACCUACUACUUUACAAAAACGACAACAACUCCACACCUCUUCAUUCAUUCCCUCUGUCUGAGGUGGCUGCAUGCGCACGCGGUGUUGUGCACCGUACCUGUUUCGGGUUUGCCACUGGGGAUUGCCGGGCGGAGGAUCUAGAUGGUUUCAUAUUCGAGACGUCAUCAGACACCAAGGCUAAGCUAGUGGUGCAAGCCAUGGUUUCUGCAUUCAAGCGCAGCACAUGGUUCGUCCCUGUUCCGCCGCCAAACCCAGCGGAGGCAUUGCCUCGUUCGCUGUCGCCAAUGUCGGGGCCACGUUCGGCUGAAGCAGCAACCUCUGAUCGCCGCCGCCAGCCUAGCACUUCAUCAUCAAGCCGCAGCUCAUCACGUGUGCGUAGCUUCAGUUCCAGUCCUGAGCGAUCUGCCCGUCAUCACCAGUACGCCAGCACAUCGCAAGAAGAUCCACCGCCGGCCAUCGACUCACCAUGCAUCACAUACAACCGUUCGAGAAGUGCUAAACCGAGUAUUGGCGAGGCCAGCAGUGCUGCCAUCAGCGUUAGCAGCGAACACUUGUCCGACCCCAUCCUACGCCGAAGCUGGGACCAGUCAUUCUAUGGCGAAGCCGACGAAGACGAAUUUCCCGACGAAUCGACGGAGGAGAUUGAUGCGGCGUUUCAUGAUCCGACCAGCACACCACCCAGCAUUGCCCAUGCAGCUGACGGCACAGUCUAUAGUGAUUUUGAAGUGAUCAGUGAGGGGGAUUCCCCACUUGGAGCCAACACACAGCAAAGCUAUUCUGAUCGCGCGGAAUGUCCGAAAACUGAAUCGCCAGAAACAGUUCGACAAGCACAUAUAUCUCCAUCCUGACCUUCUAAAAAAAAACUUCAAAACACUUCUAUGUUGAUAUUAUCUUGAAUCGUCCGUCGUCACAUUCACUGUCCCGAGAUCCUUUGCUGCUGAUAGGGUAUGUUUGAUGCAUGCUUGGACUGUGAGUCGUUGCCACAUAGCUAUCAAUAUCUGACCUUACUCACCUCUACUUGCUACACAUCAUUACAAUACUUCCUCUCCAUGUUAAAUGCUGAUCCUUUUUCCGCGCCGCAUUAUUUCCUGGUUAGCUCGGCUCAACGUUCCAAUCAAUGCUGCUGUCUUUUUUUUGCUGCACUUCCAGUAUUUAUCUCAUGUCCUGCUGGCCGGGACUUUUAACUAUUUUUCUUCUUUCUCACCUCCCUGUACAUUUUCUUCGAAGUUCUGUUCCUUUUUUUCCUCUUUUUAAAAUAAUUUGUUGGUGGGAAAUGCAAGGAAUAUUAUACAG